AGUUUCCGAGGCUCAGAGGAACACAAUGACUUGGAUCAAACAGCCUAAAUGGGAAGAAAGACAUUUUUCCUGCAUCAAGGAAGCCGUUAAACUCCUGCUAAGCUAACUAGCUCUUUUUUAUGCGUCCAUGCACAAGACUGAACUCCUCUUUCAGUGACCAGAGAUUAUUUCUGACAAUCCAGGAUAUCCCGAAAGCUUGGAGACAUAUGGCUGGAAAAUGAAACGACCCAGGACAUCGUUUCUGGCUGCAUCAUUAUUUUGUGUCGCGUAGUACCAGAUGGGCAGUCAGUGAGCGGCGCAGGGAUGUGAACGGACGGUUUUAUAAUGUGAAAAUUUUCCCUUGGUAAAGCUAAAACAGGUUUCAUUUCCCUCUCUUUUCUUUCACUACUUGCUUUAUUCGCCCUCUCUCUGCAAUAUCAGUGAACUCAACUUUGCAGUGAGGUGGCCAAAAAGAAAGAGAAUGAGGCGAUCUUGAUCAUCUUAGUGUCGGAGGAGUCGCAGCGGCCAGGGAACUGCAGCUGCGACCCCCCGCGUCCUGUGCGGAUUUCAGGGCUGACACCGCGAGGGUGGUUAUGGAAAGGACGGUACACCGGAGCCGCGGAGGAUAGAGACCCUGGAGCCCGGAGAGGUCUGCUGAUCUCGCAGCAGCCUUCGAGGCCGUGGCUGCCUCUCAUCUGCUGCGUUUUAUUACCAUUAUCGCCGUUCCCGAAAAGUCAUGGAAGACAGCCCGCUGCCAGACCUCAGAGACAUCGAGCUGAAGCUGGGGCGCAAAGUACCCGAGAGCCUAGUGCGCUCGCUCCGUGGGGAGGAGCCGGUUCCCAGGGAAAGGGACAGGGACCCCUGCGGGGGGAGCGGUGGUGGCGGCGGCGGUGGCUGCAGUAGCAGCAGCUGCUGCUGCAGCUUCCCUCCCUCCUUGUCGUCCUCCUCUUCGUCCUCCCCAACCUCUGGCUCCCCACGAGGUAGCCACUCUAGCGCCCUGGAGAGGCUAGAAACCAAGCUUCACCUCCUCAGGCAAGAGAUGAUUAACCUCAGAGCCACAGACGUCAGGCUCAUGCGCCAGUUGCUUGUAAUCAAUGAGAGCAUCGAGUCCAUCAAGUGGAUGAUUGAAGAGAAAGCCACCAUUACCAGCAGAGGCAGCAGCCUCAGUGGUAGCCUGUGCAGUUUGUUGGAGAGUCAGAGCACCUCCUUACGUGGCAGCUACAACAGCCUACACGAUGGCAGUGAUGGGCUGGAUGGCAUUUCCGUGGGAAGUUAUCUGGACACAUUGGCAGAUGAUGUCCCAGGCCAUCAGACCCCUUCAGACUUGGACCAAUUCAGUGACAGCUCCCUAAUAGAGGACCCACAGGCACUACACAAGCGUCCUAAAUUGGAUUCAGAAUACUACUGCUUUGGCUAGUGACACAGUUUUUUGCAUGGGACUGUUGUGCAAUUAACUUGUAUUUAUCCUUCUUCUCUGCUGCUAUAUUUUUGGUGUGAUUUUUAUUUUAAUAAGAUGAUCUUUUUAAAAGAAGCUGAUUUUGAAACUGCUUAAUGGUAUUUCUGUUGCUCCUAAUACUUCUCAUCUGAACUGAUUUAUUUUUCUCUGUUAUAUCUCUAUUUUUUAUUUAUUACAAUGAUUUUCUCCCUUCUUUUACAGUAGCACAAACAAAGUAGGGGGAAAAGUAUAAGCAAUAAUUAUGUUUUUGCUUUUGUUUUCAGAGGAAUGGGUCAGGGAUUACAAGAAAAACUUUGCUAAAUUUUACAAUAAACCGAAGUCUGAUAACAGUUAA